AUGGCCCGCUACCUGCUUGGCCGGGCUCGAUUUUCCGCCGCCGCCGGAGGGUCACCUUGUCGGAACUUCUCUGUGCCCUCGUUCUGGCUGCUCCUCAGACGUAGCUUCUCCGACGCGGCGGCGGAGGAGUGCUGCGGCCUCCUCCGGCGACCACCAAAUCCCGCCACCCCCAACCUGGAGAUGGCCCUGAAGAAGCUCGCCCUCGCCGGAAAACUGGACGCCUCCACCGUGGAGAGCGUCCUCCGCCGGUAUCCGGCGUCUACUGCCGGCGACCGCUCAACCCUCCUCCGCUUCUUCGUGUGGGCGGGCCUCCAACCAGGCUACAGACACAGCGCCGCCGCCUAUAGCGCCGCUUGCGAUGCCCUCCAACUAUCCCGCCGCCCAGAGACUGUAAACCUCCUCCUCGACGCCUACCAGAGUGACGCCGUCCCCGUCUCCGUCAGGACCUUUAAGGUCCUCCUCAUUCUCUGCCGGCAGGCGGGCUCCGGCGAACAGGCCCUGCAAGUUCUCAGGAGAAUGGCGGAGUUCGGUUGCCGCCCUGAUACCUCCUCCUUCAACUCCGUCAUCCGUCUCCUCCUCGUCAGCGGCGGCGGCGGCGGCGGUGAGGGGGAGAAGAAGAAGAUUGAGGUCGCGGAGGAGCUGCUGGAGGAGAUGACAGUCGCCGGAGUUCAGCCGGAUAUGGUGACCUGCGUCUCGAUGGUGAAGGCCCUCUGCGGCGCCGGCAGGUUGGACGAAGCUCGGGGACUCGUCGGAAGGAUGAAGUCCAGAGGAUGCCUCCCCAACGUCGUCGUCUACACCGCCCUGCUCGACGGUGCCUGCAACUCCGGCGACCUCCCGGCGGCGAUGGAGCUGCUGGAAGAGAUGGAGAGCGGCGCUGCCGGCGAGUCCUGCAAACCCAACGUGGUGACCUACACCUGUUUGAUGAAAUGCCUCUGUGAGAUGGGACGGGCGGAGGAGGCCAUCUGCUUUCUGGACCGCAUGGGGAAGCACGGCGCCGCCGCCAACCGCGCCGCCGUGGCCACCCUUCUGGGAGGGCUCUGCCGGCAGGGGACGGCGGCGGCGGCGGCGGAGGCCUUCGCGGUGGCGGAGCGGGUAGUGAGAGACGGCGUCGUCACCAGCGAGGAGGCCUACAGCUCCCUCCUCCUCUGCUUCCUCCGGGAAGGGAAGGUGGCGGCGGCGGAGGAGCUCGCGGAGAAGAUGCUGGAUAGCGGAGUCAACCCUGAUGGGGCGGCGCGGAAUCUCAUGCUCAGGGAGAUUUGCGCCGCCAGGCGGCCGCUAGACGGGCUCCUCUGGGUCAACGCGAUGUGGGCGAAAGGGUUGACUUUAGAUGCCGACGUGUACUCCUCCCUGUUGGACGUGGCGUUCGAAGAGGGUCACUUGAGGGAGGCGGUGGGGAUGGUCAACGGCAUGGUCCAGAGGGGGAUCCUGCUGCGCGCCGGCUCGCCCGCCUGCGCGGAGGCUCUCGCGGAGAUCUUGGAGGCAUCCGGAGAGGUUGACCUCGCCGGCCGCCCCGUCGUAUCCCCGGUCAAAUCGUAG